AUGGGGGCUUCUGGUAGCAAUGCGGGGCCACCUGCAUUCUUAAAGCUUAAUGGGGGCCCUGCUCAACCCCAGUGCAGCCUCCACUCAGAGCCACGGCCCGGAGUCCCAGAGGUUGCCAACCCCCUCUUCGCCAGGUCCCGGCUGGGCUCUCCCGCCAACCUAGGACCCGCUCCAGACGAGGGGGAGAGCAUUGGGAACCCCAGGUUGCUUCACAUGCCCCACCCCAGUCCUGUCCAGGCUCUCGCCCACUGCCUCCUAAGCCACACGUUGGGCCCAGCUGCACACGUAGUGUCUGUCCCGGUGCCUCUCUGCCUGCAGGUGGGUCCGCAGAUCCCACGGGCCGCAUUGGUCCGGUUACUUCGGGACACAGAAUUGCUGCAGGAGCUGGCGCUGGCUCCGUGUCACGAAUGGCUAUCGGACGAAGACCUGGUGCCGGUACUGGCGCGGAAUCCGCAGCUGCGGAACGUGUCGCUGGCUGGCUGCGGGCAACUGAGCCGCCAUGCGCUUCGGAUGCUGGCUGGGGGCUGCCCCCGUCUGCAGCGCCUGUCGCUUGCGCACUGUGACUGGGUGGACGGGUUGGCGUUACGUGGCCUAGCCGACCGCUGCCCCGCCCUGGAGGAGCUGGAUCUCACUGCCUGCCGGCAGCUCAAGGACGAAGCCAUCGUGUACCUGGCGCAGAGGCGUGGUGCGGGCCUCCGCAGCCUCUCGCUGGCGGUCAACGCCAACGUUGGCGAUGCCGCAGUCCAGGAAUUAGCUCGGAACUGCCCGAAACUAGAGCACCUCGACCUCACUGGCUGCCUCCGAGUAGGAAGCGAUAGCAUCAGGACAUUGGCAGAAUACUGCCCAGCACUGCGCUCUCUGAGGGUACGGCACUGCCACCAUGUGGCCGAGCCCAGCCUGAGCCGCUUGAGGAAGCGGGGUGUGGACAUCGACGUGGAACCACCACUGCACCAGGCCCUGGUGCUGCUGCAGGACAUGGCAGGCUUCGCACCCUUUGUCAACCUGCAGGUCUGAUACAACCUUCUGCCGGUGGGUGCACAGCUGGACUGUGUGGCUGAGGUCUAACACUGAGCUGUAGGAAAUUAAACUGUGGGGACCUGUUGGAAGAGGCCAGUAUCUUGCCUACCCUGAAACUUCAAAUAAAGAGCUUUUUGCCCUCUC